CCUCAUUCAGAGCGCUUCGCAAAAUUCUCGUAGCUCCUCAUUCGGUCAAUAAAUAAUAAAAUGCCUAUUGAAAAGAUCAAAGCACGUCAGAUACUUGACAGUAGAGGUGAGCCCACUCUCGAGGUGGAUGUCAUCACUGAUAUAGGACUCUUAAGGUCAUCUGUCUCCUGCACCCACUCACCAAUUCCCAAUGAAGCUGUGGAACUUCGUGAUAACGAUGAAUCAAAAUUUAAUGGCCGAUCAGUUCUCCAAGCAGUGGACAACGUUAAUAAAAUUAUUGGACCUGAACUUGUGAAGAGUCGCCUGGAGGUAUGCCAGCAGAGGGAAAUAGAUUCGUUGAUGAAUAGGUUGGAUGGUACUAGUGACAAGUCAAAGCUCGGUGCCAAUGCAAUUCUUGGUGUUUCCAUGGCCUGUUGUAAAGCAGGUGCCAUAAAAAAAUGUCUACCACUUUACAAAUAUAUCUGCCAAAUUGCUGGCAGUACAGAGCCCAUCAUUCCUGUUCCUAUUUUCACCGUUAUCAGCGGUGGUAAGCUAUCCGGAAAUCCUCUGCCAUGUCAGGAAUUUGUCGUUAUGCCGACAGGCGCUGUGUCCUUCGGUGAAGCCAUGAAAAUGGGUUACGAUGUUUAUCGAGCGAUUGAAAAAAUUAUUGCGGAUUCUCAAGAGCUGAAGCUUCCUCUUGCGGUUGGGGAUGAGGGGGCUUUUGCCCCGGAAUUUGAAGAGGAUCGCGAGGCCUUGACAGUGAUAAUCGAUGCGAUAAGAGCUUUGGGGUAUGAGGGCAAGGUAAAGAUAGGGAUGGACAUGGCUGCCAGUUCUUUCUGCAAAGAUGGCCAGUAUGAUCUGGCUUUCAAGACUGACGAGUCAGAUCCUGAUGAUUACAUGGAGACAGAGGCUUUGAAGGAUCAGUACUUGGAGCUUCUGAGGGAUUUUCCUCAGAUUGUCUCUCUGGAGGAUCCAUUCGAUCAAGAGGACUGGGAUGGCUGGGGAAUGCUGGCAGAUCAGCCCAUGCAGCUUCUGGCUGAUGAUCUGACAGCCAUGAACAUUGAGAGAAUUGAGGAAGCCAUGGAGAAGCAGAGUGCCAAUGCUAUUGUCAUUAGACUCUCGCAAAUUGGCACAAUAACUGAAGCUAUUGAUUGUCACAAAAUGGCGAGAGCUGGUGGAUGGUCGAGUGUUGUUUCUACCGGUUAUGGCGAGACUGAGGACAAUUUUAUCGCUGAUUUCGCUGUGGGUUUAGCUAGUGGCCAGUUCAAGGCUGGGGCACCUUGUCGAGGGGAACGAGUCUCGAAGUACAAUCAGAUUCUGAGGAUCGAAGAGGAACUGGGGAAAGACUCUAUUUAUGCCGGUGAAAUGUUCAGGAAUCCAGCGGGGGUUGUGGAGAAGAAGAAUGAGGAGAAAGGGAAAAAAGGAAAGGACAAAAAGAAGAAAAAGUGAGGUCAUUUCCGGACUGACCAGGACUAGUCUCCAAGUACAAUCAGACAAGAUUGAAGAGGAAGAAAAGAAUGAGAUAAUUUCCGUGAUAAUCUUACCAUCUC